AGAGGGAGCAGACUACAGCCAUGGCACUCGGGGUCUGUGUGUGUGUGACUCUGCUACUCAGCACAGUUACAGGCUCACACUCCCGUAGCUCCAUUGUGGGGGGAGAGGACGCAGCCCGUGGAAGCUGGCCCUGGAUGGUGUACCUCUACAUCACUGACGGAACGCAUUCUUUUCCCUGUGGAGGUUCCCUUAUCAACAGUCAGUGGGUUCUGACUGCAGGCCACUGCAUCUUCAACCCUCCUCUGGUGAGUCCGGACGCUGAUCGCUCCUAUGUGCGUGUGGGCGAGCUGAAGCUGCGGCGUCCGACAGGUGUGUCCUUCUCCAUCCGGCGUUUCCUGCUGCACCCUGACUACCGCCUCACCACGGACACGGUGUUCAACGACAUCGCCCUGGUGCAGCUGCAGGAGGCCGUGCCCUUCUCCGACACGGUGGCGCCCGUGGGACUGCCCAGCCCCCGAGACGUCUUCAGUGCCAACGCUGAGUGCUGGGUCACCGGCUGGGGACUCGUGACUGAGAACCGGAAGCUGGGCGGUGAUCAGACCCUGCAGCAGCUGAAGCUUCCUCUGGUAGACGGCGCCACCUGCAGGCGGAUCUACCCCAACUCCAACCAUAACAUGCUGUGUGCUGGAUACCUGCAAGGGGGCAAGGAUGCCUGUACGGGUGAUUCUGGUGGCCCCCUGGUGUGUAAGUCGUUUGGGCAGUUCGUCCAGGUGGGGGUGGUCAGCUUCGGACACGGCUGCGCCCGGCGCGACUACGCUGGAGUCUACACGCGUGUGAACAGCUACGCCACCUUCAUCAAGGACGCCAUCCGCACCCACGGCUCCAGCUGAACCACAGCGCCAUCUACUGGCCACGGCUCCAGCUGAACCACAGCGCCCUCUACUGGCCACGGCUCCAGCUGAACCACAGCGCCCUCUACUGGCCACGGCUCCCGCUGAACCACAGCGCCCUCUACUGGCCACACAGGGAGGAGAACUCCCCCUCUGCUUGACCUUUCUUCUUUACUUUUCAAUAAAGUCUCUAGCAUCAAA